AUGGAUCCACUGCCGCAUCCACCACCUUCUUUGAGCAUGCUUCCCACACGCGUGUCCACAUCCGGGGAGGAGGAGACCCUGCCGGACAAGGCACCGCCUACCUCAUCCGAUUCUGGCAUUUCGCCAUGGGGAUCCCUCUCGUCGAACGACAAGGUGUGGGACGAGUUUAUUGACGAGCCGAUGAGGGCCAAGAAGGCCUGGAAGAGCUCAUUGGAGGAGGAGGCGGACGAGGAAGAGGAGGAAGAUGACACCGAUGCCGAUGCUGAUAGCGGCGACAAAGACAGCGACGACGAGGAUGAUGAUGAUGAGGCCGCGAACUUCCGUUCAUAG